AUGUCCCCUCGACCUACGUACGUAGAUGACGAUGAUAAUGCUGACCAUAUAUGGGGCGACCCCCACAUGAGAGGCCUCCUCGGCCAGAGGGUCAACUGGUCUGGGUUUGACGGCGGCUGGUACUCCCUGAUCAAGGACGACAAUGCUGAUCUCCACAUCAACGUUCGCGUUACCGCUCCUCUACCGGACGAGUUCCCGGACCGCCAGCUCAUGACCAGCCUGGCUAUCAUGUCGGAGGGGUACUCUGUCGUCAUCGAGGUCAAAAACCCUUACACCACCGACACGGGCGGCUGUCCAGAGGACGUCUCGCCCUGCCAUGCGAACGGAGGACUGCGUAUCAUCGUCGACGGUCACGAGGUGGAUGAGCUUCUUCGAUUCUCCAGGCAGAUGCCCGGUGGCAAACGGAUAUGGGCCCGCAUGUACCAGGACAUCCUCGAGGGCAGGCGCCAAUUGCGCGGUGGUGAAAGCCUCGAAGAAUGGAUCCUGAGGUACGACCAGAACAUGCCGGCGCGCACGUGGUGCGCCAAGUACAUCGCCGAGAACGAUCUCGCCGACCUGCAAGCCAACCAUGCCAUCUUCAAAAUCCAGACGCCCACUGUCACGGUGCGUCUCAACGCUGGCGUCAACUACCAGAGCAACGGUGAACUAAACUGGGAUGGACGCGUCCUUCCUGAUCUCGAGUUCUGGCAGAUAGACGUCGGGAUCGACGGGCUGGACGUGGACAAACCGGCGUUGUCCGGCCUCUUCGGUGAAACGGCCUGCCCGGUAUACGACGAGAACGGAAAAGCGGUUAUGGAAGGGUACGACGCUUUCCGUGGCGCCGUUGAGGACUACCGCGUAUCCAGCGCUCUGGGCGUCCACUUCGCCCUUCUCGACGAGACGGAGAACGGUCAUGAGUAG